GCUUCCCUGACGCUUCUCUAGAACCAAAGUGGUGAUUUGGUAGAAGAUUGAAAGGGUUAGGUGCUUCAACGAUGUUUCAUUACAGUUAAACAAAUUAUAUUGAUGUUAAUUAAGUGAUUAUAAAAAACUUUACCCAUUGACAUAUCGAAAAACUGAAAAAUGAGUCGCAGAAGAGUUCACGAAGAGGAAGAUGGAUAUGAACGAGCGUACAAGAAACGUAGAAGGGUAUCAGAGAAUCAGGAGAUCGAGGACCGGCUCGAGUCUCUCAUUCUAAGAGUAGGAGAGAAAUCUACGUCGUCUCUGGAAAGCAAUCUUGAAGGCUUAGCUUCAGUAUUAGAAGCUGAUCUCGGAUUGUUUCGCAGUAAAAUACUUAGAAUCUUGACAGAGUGUGCAAUCAAAAUGCCAGAGAAAUGUACAAUUUAUACCACUCUCGUUGGUUUGCUGAACGCUAAGAACUUCAAUUUUGGUGGUGAAUUUGUUGACUAUAUGGUAAAGAAUUUCAAGGAUGCAUUGAAAGGAUGUAGAUGGGACGUAGCCAGAUAUUCACUAAGAUUCUUGGCAGAUUUAGCGAACUGUUAUGUUUUGUCUUGUGGAUCGUUGAUGCAACUAUUUGACAAUAUGUUAGAUGCUGCCAAUGAAGAUGGUGUACCUCAAGUUAGGCGCGAUUGGUAUGUGUAUGCUGUGUUGUCGACAUUACCAUGGGUCGGAAGAGAACUGUAUGAGAAAAAAGAACAAGAGUUGGAUCGUUUAAUGGUCACUAUAGAAAUAUUUUUAAACAAAAGAAGCAAAAAACACCAGCCAGCCUUAAGAGUAUGGUCGAGUGAUACUCCCCAUCCCCAAGAAGAGUAUUUAGAUUGUUUAUGGGCACAAGUGAGAAAACUUAGACAAGAUAAUUGGGCAGAGAAACAUAUUCCUCGACCAUACCUCGCGUUUGACUCAAUUUUAUGCGAGGCAUUGCAACACAAUUUGCCCACUAUAAUGCCACCGCCGCAUCACGAGUCUUACUCUUACCCAUUGCCUACGGUGGUUUUCCGCAUGUUCGAUUACACCGAUUGCCCGGCUGAAGGUCCAUUGUUACCUGGAAGCCACGCUAUCGAACGAUUCCUCAUAGAAGAACAUCUCAGACAAAUCAUCAACAACUAUUUUUUCGAGAGGAAAGAUUGCGCUGCUCAACUGUUGAACUUUCCGUACAAAGCGAAGAUACCAUUAGACUACUGUAUUGUCGAAGUAAUAUUUGGCGAAUUAUUCAGGCUACCGGCACCAAAGAAUUUAGAGAUCUGUUACGGAUCAAUUUUGAUUGAGCUUUGUAAAUUGCAACCAUCGACGAUGCCACAAGUGUUGGCUCAGGCGACAGAGAUCUUGUUCCGUCGCAUAGAUAGCAUGGCUGCCGCUGCUUUCGAUCGUUUCGUGUGGUGGUUCGCGUAUCAUUUGAGCAACUUCCAGUUCCGUUGGUCUUGGGAGGACUGGGAUUCGUGUCUGCAACGCGAUCCGGAACAUCCGCGUCCAAAAUUUAUUCGGGAAGUACUCUUGAAAGCUUUACGUUUGUCGUACUACCAGAGGAUACGUGAUAUGAUGCCGGAAUCUUAUGUUGAACUGAUCCCCGCGCCUCCGGAGCCUAUUUACAAAUACUCAUCGGAGGGAGCCAGUUCUCUUCCGGGUACAGCGGCAGCUCACGAGUUAGUUGUGUCGAUCAGGAGGAAAUGUACGCCAGAAGAAGUGCUGAACGUAUUGAAUACGUUACCAGGUCCGAAGGAGAACGAAGAAACGAACAAUUUCAACCCAUUGAAAAUUGAUGUUUUUGUACAAACGUUACUGAACUUAGGCUCGAAAAGUUUUAGUCAUAGUUUCGCGGCAAUAGGGAAGUUCCAUUAUGUUUUUCAAGUCCUUGCCGAAACCGAGGAGGCUCAGAUAUGCAUACUGAGAAAUAUGUACGCCUUGUGGAAGAAUCAUUAUCAAAUGAUGGUGGUCCUCACUGACAAAUUCUUGAAGACGGGAAUCAUCGAAUGCAGUGCCAUUGCGAAUUGGAUAUUCUCGAAGGAGAUGGCAUCCGAAUUUACUAAAUUAUAUAUUUGGGAAAUUCUUCAUUUAACGAUACGAAAGAAAAAUAAACAUGUGACGAAGUUGAGUACAGAAUUAGCGGAAGCACGUGAGAAGUUGAGAAGAGCGGAGAGUAGAUCGGGAUCAUCGUCGGAGGAUGAAGAUAAUAAUAAAGACAGAAACAGGGAAAAACCAUCGGAAGAUGUUAUAGAGAGAAUGGAGGAAAAGCUGGAAACUGCUCAAGCGGACCAGAAAAAUUUAUUCCUAAUCAUCUUUCAGCGUUUUAUAAUGAUCUUAUCGGAGCACUUAGGACGCUGCGAUACCGAUGGUAUAGACUAUAAUACUCAUUGGUACAAAUGGACUAUAGGUAGAUUGCAACAAGUAUUUCUGACUCAUCAUGAACAAGUUCAAAAAUAUUCGUCAACAUUAGAGACUUUACUUUUCACACCGGAUUUGGAUCCUCACAUCCUGGAUGUUUUCCAUCAAUUCGUUUCUCUACGAGCGUGAACACAGUGGUUCAUGGUAAUAAUUUUAUUACGUAAAAUUCCAAAAAAGAGAGGUUUUUAAAACUUUUACGUGAGCAUCCUUGAACGUCUCGUAUGUGAUGUAUGAGAUACAACUGCAAGAAUAAUUUGAUUUCUAUGACAGUAUGUAUUAUGUAUUAUGCAUUAUGUACAUGUAAAUGUUUGAACAAAUUUUGUAUCACGAUUUAAACUCGUUGAUGUAAAUAUCGACAUAUUUAUCCACCCUUUUGUUUUCAUCAAAGCAUUGCAGUAUAAAACAGGUGAAGAGCAUAAUAUAAUGUAAAUAAAAAUUUGAAGAAUGA